AUGUUGCUAUCCAAACGCAAGUCACAGGGGAACAGAUCCUCGACGGGGUGUCGCACCUGCCGAUUGCGUCGCAUCAAAUGUGAUGAAGCGCCCGAUGCCUGCAACAACUGCGUCUCCACAGGUCGCACUUGUGAUGGUUACGAGGCGCACCGGCUCCCCCGAGCCUGUGGCCCCCAAUCCAAACUACUCAAACAAAAGGUCACGAUAGCACACCCAGCACUCACCCGGGUAGACUUUGCGCUGCAAUGGGCCGUGACCUCGGACGAAGGUCGAUGUCUCUCUUUCUUCCAGCAUCGAUCGGUGCAGGACAUGGUCGGGUUUUAUGAUUCGUCACUCUGGCAGCGCCUUAUCCUCCGAUUGAGUCACACAGAGCCCGCUGUAUAUCAUGCUGCCGUUGCGCUUGGGGCCAUCAAUAACGCCCAGGACAAGAACAAGGUUCUGCUGCCCGGUCAGAAGCUGCAGAGCAUCUGGUACUGGUUUGGACUGGAACAGGCUGGACGCUCAAUCGCCCUGUUGAACAAGAGACAGUCUUCGCAGGAUCCUCAGUUUCAAGAGGUGAUCCUGGUCUGCUGUCUCUUGUUCAUUGCCUGCGAGAUGCUCGGUGGGAACUAUGAUAACGCGUGCGUACACGUCCGAGGUGGUCUUCAGAUUCUGCAGAAGCUGAACAUCCGAAGGAAGGUUUCGGGCGACUUCAUCUCGCCUGUGGAUCCAUGCAUAGUAGAGACAUUCUUGCAGCUGCAGGCCCAAUCCGUCUUCUACGGAAGUGGCGUACACUUGCAUGUUGACAGCGACAUGGUAUUUCUGCACCCCUAUGAAAAAUAUCUGGGGACAUUCCAACGAUUGCGAGAUGCGAGACGGGUUUGUGACCCACUGCUGAACACCGGAUGGCCGUUCGCGGCGCGCUGCUGGACCCUGUCGGAAACCGAGAUCAUGGCUGAAUAUGGCUUGUUACAGCGAAAGCAGCUUCUUCUUCUCUCUUCCCUGAAUCGGUUUUUGUGCCAACUAGACUGGCUAUCGAGUCUGUCGUAUAAUCGCUUGAGUGAAAAAGAACAGCGCGAGACAGACAUGACCAGAAUAAGUUGCCUUGCUCUGAGCUUCGCGCUCAAGACUUGUUUGCUCGACGGAAGCAAACCCUUGUCCCCAGACCUUGCCCAAGAAAGUGAGGACCUGAUCUCUAUAACUGAAACCGCUAUAAAGAAGCUGCGGAAUCAUCCGGUCGUCUCAUUGGACAGUCCCAUCGUUCCAGCGUUGUACAAUGCAGCGAGGAGAACCCCGGAUUUCUCUAUUCAGGUGAGGGCAAUAGCGUUGCUGAGGUUGUGGCAGCACGUAGAAGGAUUUGCAAACACUGCUCUAGUCGCAGACAUACUGGAGGAGGGUGUCAAAAUUGCCCUGAGGAAAUUGAGACAUGAGAUGAUUGCAGCAUCCCGUGUUGUAUUACCCGCCGGCCUCAUGUUUGUCCCCGCUACAGAUGGACGGACAUUUCUUUCGUCCCUCCCGCCCUAUGCUUUACUUGACCUACGCAUUGAAGGUUUCGACAGGAACAGCGACGUCACAAACACUAAUGCAUUGGACACACAGAAACACCGUGGCGUCCACACCGCUGAAGAAAGCUGA